GCGUUGGCGGCGACUACCCGCUCAGCGCCACCAUCAUGUCGGAGUACGCGAACAAGAGGACGCGCGGGGCCUUCAUCGCCGCCGUGUUCGCCAUGCAAGGGUCCGGGAUCCUCUUCGACGCCAUCGUCGCGCUCGCGGUGUCGGCGGGGUUUCCGCACGCGUACCCGGUGUCGUCCUACUCCGACAACCACGCCGCGUCCCUCAUCCCGCAGGCCGACUACGUGUGGCGCAUCAUCGUCAUGUUUGGCACCGUCCCGGCGGCGCUCACCUACUACUGGCGGAUGAAGAUGCCCGAGACGGCGUGGUACACGGCGCUCAUCGCCCGCAACACGAAGCAGGCGGUGGCCGACAUGUCCAAGGUGCUGCACACCCAGAUCGAGGAGAGCGUGGGCCACGCCGAGACGGUGAGACGGUGGUCGUCGGCGGCGAGACCUGAGGCCUCUUCUCGCGCCAGUUCCUGCGCCGCCACGGCCUCCACCUCCUCGCCACCACCAGCACGUGAUUCCUCCUCGACAUCGCCUCCUCGACACGCAGCGGCGGCGGCGGGUGACGCGGCGGCGGCUGCGGGGGACACGCGCGGCAGCUCGGAGGACACGCGCGACGACUGCGGGGACACGCGCGGCGGCUCGGGGGACACGCGCGACGGCUAAGAGGAGCCACGGUGGCGCGUGCGGUCGGCACGCGAGGGCAGCGGUGGCCCUCCUCUUCCACCUCCUCCUCCUCCUCCUCCUGUUGCUCCUCCGGCUCAAGCAACCUCGCUGUCGCCUCCCGCACCGACCUGCUCUCGCCUACCUGUGACCACUCUGACGCUGCCUCCCGCUUCCUCUGAAGCUUCGACAUAUCCGAGCACAAGCACCGCGUCCUCGCCGGCUUCUCCAAGAACACCUGCGCCGACACUUGGGCCAAGCUCCCGCUUCCACCUUGAAUUAAUGGAGGACGCC